AUGUCUACCAUGUUGGGGGCCGCUCGCAGUACUAUUUCAGGUUUCUCUGACUACGCCAAAACACACAAGGCAUACGAACAUGCCUAUCAUCAGGAACGUAAGAUGCGGUUCGAGUGUGCCCGAGCGUACGAAGACCUCCAUGGCCAAUACAACGGGGCGAUCAACGAGCUCAACAGCAUGUAUAAGAAUAAUCGGUCACUCCACAAACAACUUGAAACCGCUCAACAAACCAUGCAAACCCUUCAGGCAGCCGUCCAGGAGCAGUCCGUCAAAGCUAACAAUACCGUCGUUGGCGAGUCAGACUUGGAUCGGUUAGAAUGGGCCUUGGAAAAGGAGCGACUCGAGGCAAAGAUUGCAGACCUUGAGAAAGAGAAAUCCGCGAUGGCACAGGACCACCACAUUGCGUUGGCUAAUGCCGCGGACCACAUCCGUGAGGUCACGCAGAGGGCCGAUGAGCUUCAGAAGCUGCAUGAGGGGUCUCCCGACCAGCUUCAGCCAUUAGCUGUUGAGCCCAAUAUGAACAACGGUCGCGAUAACGCGGCGCCCUCCAAACCGACGGGACGGGCAACCCGAUCCCGAAAGCGGAAGACUGCCCCGAGGACCGCCUCGAAAUAG